GAGAAGUUGAGCAACAGCGGUACGUCGGCAGGGUGCUUUAUUUCAGGGAUUUCUCCGGGCACUGCAUAAUUUAAGAUCCAGAAUGCAGAGAAGAGAAUGAAUCCUCCAGGUCAUCUGAGACUUCCAAGUGUCUUUGCCGCUGUCCUGCCCCGACAGCCUCUGUGUCUCAGUGGGGCACGAUCUGCCUCCCAGUGCUGCCCCCCUCCUUGUCCUGGUCUGGAUCCCUCCCCUCUCCCCAGCCCUCAGUAGUGGCCAACCCAUAGGAGAGGAAAGGCGAGCCAGCCCCUGUAAAUAUGCCUGGAUGGAGGUCUCAGUGGCGUCUCGUCCUGCUGAACUCCCUGACCUGUGGCCUGGAGAUCUGUGUGGCAGCUGGGAUCACGUACGUGCCCCCACUGCUGCUGGAAGCUGGAGUAGAGGAGCGCUACAUGACCAUGGUGCUAGGUAUUGGUCCGGUUCUUGGCCUGCUGUUCAUCCCUCUGAUUGGCUCAGCCAGUGACCACUGCAACAGCACUUACGGCAGACGGCGGCCUUUCAUCUGGCUGUUUUCCCUGGGAGUCCUCCUGGCACUUUUUAUCAUCCCCCAUGCUGAUAUCCUGGCCAGAUAUUUUGCUUGGGGGGGACAGACUCUCCAGGUGACCUUCCUUAUCGUUGGUGUAGGGCUCCUUGACUUUUGUGGACAGGUGUGCUUCACGCCGUUGGAGGCUCUUUUGUCGGACCUGUACCGAGACGAGGAGGACUGUGGGCAAGCCUUCGCCAUGUUCUCUUUCAUGGUCAGCUUGGGAGGCUGCGUGGGUUAUUUGUUACCGGCGCUGGACUGGAGUCGUGGCUUUCUCUCUGUUUACCUCGGAGGCCAGGCCGAGUGCCUCUUUUUUCUCCUCAUCCUCAUCUUCGUCCCCAGUGUGCUCAUUACCAUGAAGGUGUCUGAGGAACCCUCACAUGUGAGCGGCAGCUUGGCAGAAUCAGGAUCUUUACUGGAAUCAGGGACUGGUGCAAUGGCGGCCGGCUGGUAUGGCUUGCCACGCUCCUGCUGCUACCUGCUUAAGUGCAAGCUGACGCCGCUCAAGGCGGUACCGCUACUCUGUUUACUGAGAACAUGCUGUUCCAUGACUCCGGCCAUCUUCAGGAGCUACUGCCACGUCCCGCGGGUGAUGAGGCAGCUGUGCCUGGCUCAGCUUUGCAGCUGGAUGGCCGUCAUGUCUUUUAUGCUUUUUUACACAGACUUUGUGGGAGAAGGACUGUAUGAGGGCGUACCCAGUGCAUUACCAGGAAGUGUGUCCAGACAAAGAUACAAUGAAGGAAUCCGUAUGGGCAGUCUGGGCCUGUUUCUGCAGUGUGCUACCUCAACCUUCUUCUCCCUGGUUAUGAGCCGUCUGGUUUGCCGAUUUGGGUCACGACGGGUCUAUAUAAGCAGCAUGUUGACCUUCACGAUCUCAGCUCUGGUCAUCUGCAUGUCCAAAAGUGUUGUUCUGGUCACUGCGAUGGCAGGGCUCACUGGCUACGCUUAUGCAACGCUGCAGACCCUGCCUUACACACUCACCUGCCAUUACCACAAGGAGAAAGAGAUAUACAUGCCAAAAAAGAUAACCAAAAGCUUACAUAAAAAUGGUGUAACCGGCACGCAGGAUUCUGGUCAUUUGACUUCUGUGGAGGGGGGGGAGGGCACUUUGAACCAUAAAACGGGCUCUCCUCAUUGGAAUACCCACUUCAGCCAGGACGGUUACGAAUACUAUCCCGUCCCACAAAACCAGAAUGGCUCGUCUCACUGUUCCAGUGCGGCUGACCCGGACAAGGCCGAGUUGGGAUUUGAGAAACGUGGUGUGGGCUUGGACUUUGCUAUCUUAGACAGCACCUUUCUCCUCUCUCAGGUUAUCCCCACCCUCUUCAUGGGGAUGAUUGUUCAGUUCGCACAGUCUGUUACUGCCUAUAUUGCCUGCUCUGCCAUCUUUGGCACCGUUGCCAUCUACCUUGCCAGCCACAUUGUCUUUGACCAAAAAGACCUCAGAAGCUAAGACUCGAUGGGAAAGUGAGUGAGGGAAUCAGUCAUUCAGGUUCCGUGGAUGCAACUUGACCGCACUUAUGCCAGAAUGCCUUGUGCUUGUACAGUCAACGUAAGUGUGGCAGGCUGUGAGGAAAAAGCUUUAGAAAGGAAAAGGUCACAGAAGCUGAGUGAUUUGCGAUUGUCAUGCUACAGCGGAAACUGUCACCUGCAAGCUACAGAGUCGAUCCCAACCCCGUGCACAGUUUAAGCUGUAGAACACUAUGCUGAAAGCUGACAUUUUGCUAAAAAAUAUCUGUUUGUGACAUGAUUUCUGUUGUUCUUCUUGCUCAGGUACAAUGAAACAGAUUUACUGUAGAAUUCAUUCACCUCAAACACAGGGCUUCUAAUCUUUUUAAUCGUUUCUAAAAGUUUUGUUAAAAAGAGGUCUUGACACAGUUUUGAAACAUUUUAAAUCAUUUUUGCUUUUAUCUGCAACAUCAUUAAGGUACCAUGGAGACUGCCCACCAUUUUUCUUUAACUUUUUUUCUUUAAAAAAAAAGACCUCGUAUAAGAUCAUCUCCUUUCCAUAGAUAUCCUCAAUCAUAUUUAGGGAGGCACAAAGAAAUCGGUCAAAAUAUCUAACCUUUUCAUUACAGCACUAACACUCAACAAAAGUCAUCUCAGGGCAGUUACAGAAAGAGCAAACGAGUUCAGUGCAAUCCAAUUCAGCCCAAUUAUAAUCCGAUUAUAUUCCAGAAAAAUCCAGUUUAUUGUAACCCAUUUAAAAUCUAAUUCAAUUCAGUUCAACCCAAUCCAUUAUAUUAAUAUGCAUACAAUGCCAAUUCAUUAAAAAGGCCACCCCAGCUUAAGAAACCAACAGAUUGCGUUGAAACUUCAUUUCAAUUCAACCCCCCAAGAAUUAGGAAAGCGAGGCACGUCAGUCAUCUGUGGAAACUAGAUUCAGGAAGGGAAACGCUCUGCUUUUACUAGCUGGGAGCUGAGAGGACAGGACAAAGAUUCAAAUAAAUAUAAGUGCAAUUAAUCCAGGGAUACCUGCAAUGAGACAAAUUAAAAGAAAUAAAAUAAAUCAAAGUAAACGCAAAGUUAAUUGCAGCAAUAAUGAAAGACAGCAAUUAUACAAGAAGCGUAAAGUCAUGGGAGGUAUUUGAACAGCCUAGGCCAUAAAAUAAAUAAAUAAAUCUUGUGUUGUUCUUUAAUUGCCCUCCAGGGUUGGAAUUUUAAAUUGCAAACAUUUAAUUGACUGCACUAUAAAUUGGCGCCCCACAAAGAAACAUGGCUCUUAAGGGAUUGAUAUGUAAGGAGAAGAAUUUUCAAUUAUGUCAGGGAUUUCAUCUGCCUUCCUGUAUAGGUGUGGCUGACUUAUCAUCUGCAUACCAAUGGAAAAUGAUGCUGUUCAGUCUAAUAAUUUGGCAGCAUAUUUAAGUGAAGUGUAUUGGUCCAAACUCUUUAAAUAGAUCAUUUAUAAACAAAUAAUCCCCUCAGGCAUGCAGCAUAGACAAUUGAUCUAAAUUCAAAGUAGAAUAGAAUUAAGCUGGUAUAGAUGAUGAUUGUGAAUCAAUGAAAACUUCCUUGUACAUUCUUGUUUAGAAUUCAUCUAAAUCAGUUUAAUAACUUGGUGAUUUACAUGAAGCUAUUGUUGAAGCUUGUUCCCAGAACUUACUAGGACAGAGACGCAAAGCAGCUCCACUUGAUGACACAAGAGAAGCAGAAGCAGGAAUACUCAUGAUUCUCUCUAUAAUAGAAAAUAUUGUUUUGGGAAGAAGCUCAUAAAGUCAUAACUACCUAGAGUUAAAGAAAUACCAGGAUGUUUAGAGUUAUGGGAAGUAUUCUUGUUUUUUAUUCACGUUGGUGAAAAUACCACUUCCAUAACAGCUUUUUCAAAGUCUGCUUUAAUAUAUACAAAGCUGUGAAUUAAACAAAGGUGCCAGCCUUUUCUGACCAAUUAUCUUCUUUUUCAAAGGAGCAGCAUUGUCAAGUUCUAACAAGUCAAUGUUGUCUUGUUAGCACUGUCAAGACAAUCAAAUGUGCUGGAGUUAAACCCACAUGGCUCCCCUCCACUGCAUUGGCACGGAGCACUGAAGAAAAAGCUAAAACCUGUCUUUAAAUUUUGUUGCACCAUCUGUUGACUUGCACCUACUAUAAUGAAAUUUCUCACUCACAGAUGUGGCAUAGACAGUUGAUCUACAAUUUAUAUAUAAAUAUACAUCGAUAAGACGAAGAAACUGAGUUAAUCUCAAUUUAACGAGGAAAGAAGUUGCAGUCUUAUGGAAUUAAUGGCAAUAUUCAGGUUAAUAUUUUCACAAAUGUUUAUAAAUUAAGCUGUAUUUUACUAUUACUUUAGCAUUUCCCCAAUUAAAGUAAUUUAGUAUCAAACAGAUUUACUGAAACUAUAUGAUAUUCAAUUUGACUUUAUCAAUCCCUAUGGGAAUUUUUUUAUGCAACCUGCUGAGGGGAAGUUGUCAAGUGGUGUGAUUUAAGAAAGAAGCUGUUUAAUUAAACUGGAAUACUGCAUCAUAUCAUCUCUUAAGAUUAUCUUUAUCUCUGUAGAGUAAUCUUCUACAGUGUACCUGCUCAUCUGGUCACAUGCCUCUCACCUGGAACAUUAUUUCAGUGUCUUGCAUAGUAAAAAUGUGGAAUGAUAUGUUCUGGAUACACACUUCAUAGCAAUCUUUCUUGGAAAAAUCCACCCCAAAAAAGUCUUGCAGUAAGGGAGUGCUGUCUUUCCCUUUUUCAUGAACCUUGGUCUUUCAGUUUAUACUCAAAUGACAAUCUCUGACAUCCAGAUGGGUUUGUUAUAUAAUGCUGGUGGUAAGUGAUAAACACGUUGAGGGAUGUGUUAGGGAUAUCUACUUUAUAGGAACCAUUCUCGAAAAAUGCCAAAAAAAACCACCUGUCCUGCAGUAAGGCAGACAAUUGUUUUAUCGUGGGUGUGGGUACUAUACCGUAUAGGGAGGGUUAAAGGAUGCAUGCAUGCAUAUAUAUGUGUGUGUGUACAUACAUACAUACAUACAUACAUACAUACAUACAUACAUACAUACAUACAUACAUACAUACAUACAUACAUACAUUUAGUGUCACUGUAAGAUGAUGCAGCCAUUAUUAUGACACAAGAAAGUUGUCUUUUUUUCUUUUCUUUUCGUGUUCAGUCCUGCUGGUUUGAUCUUUCACAGGGCAUUUGAAACUUGGCUCAGCAGAUACAAAUGAUCCUGGCUGGAGUUGUACUCAGCGUGGAAGAGGACAGGAUUUGUCGUGUCAUGCUGAUGUUACUGCAGAGCAGCCAGUUUAUCAUGUUCACCCUGAAAUGAAAUGGAAAAUAUUGUCUGUCAGCAGCUGCAGUGUCAGAAAAAAAAAAUUUUCUAAGUGCCUGUGUAUUUUUCAUCCAUCUUUUGUAAAUAUGUAUUAAUUUAUUUUCUUUUUACUACAAAAUGGUCUGUGUUAAAAAUAUUGGACUCUGUGAAGGCUGUUUCUGUGAAAAAGAUAACUUAUUUGUAUAGAAUUGCUAUAGAAGCAUCCCCAAUGCUAUAAUUUAUUUCAACAAUUUUCACUUUAUCCCACAGUUCUGGUAACACCAAGGAGCAUAUCACCAUUAUCAAAACAGUGUCAGAUAAAACUGAAGAUUUCACUGGAAGUACAGUGUUUCUGAGCUGAAAACACUUAUUGCAUACUGAGGUGUAUUUUUAUUUAAAUCCAAAUACAAAUAAGUUAUUUUGUCAUUUCUUCUUUAUCUGUAUUUUUGUAACCACUUCUUAUCUCUAAUCAAAGGGUUUAUUAUAUUUUAUAAAGCAUAAAGACCACAAAUAUCAUAUACUGGUUGGGUGGAAGUGUUUUUUCACUCUUUUUUUUUUCCUGGACUCCAAUGUCCUGUUGCUAAUAAAAUAAAGUGCCAUUGGUCAGACUGUGGAGGCCAGAAGAUGUGUUUUAAUAUGUUUAAAUUUUUUGACAACAUUUCUGUUGCUUUUGUCAUUGUCUAAAUACUGAAAAACAAUUGUCAUGGCUGAAUGAAUUAAGAUUUGUUUAGCCAUGACAAUUGUUUUUCCUCUUCAUUAUAAAUCUAUCAGAUGGUGUAUAAGUAUGCAGUUACCAAACAGAUUUUAUACAAAAUA